AUGGAUCACGGUGGUAUGGCUAAAAUUCUCGUGGUGGCUCUUAUCCUAACGCUAAUCGGAGGGUCACAGAGUGCAAAUAUACUUGGCAUUUUUACAAGUACAAGUCCCUCGCAUUUGAUUGUUCACAUGUCGGUGGCGAAAGUUCUUGCCGAGAAUGGACACAAUUUGACAAUUAUAACCGUGCUAAAGCCACCAGUGAAACACAAGGACUUUAAUAUCAUCCAAGUGCCACUUGAGAAAGAUCAAGAGAACCAAUUGAACACGGCCAUGGCUAGUAUGGCUGGAAAGAAUUUUAAUAUGAUCAGAAUGCUAAUCGAUAUGCUGGGGCAAAUGAGAAUUGUGUUUGAUGUUGGAGCAACAGCCCUAAAAGAUCCGCGGGUGGUUGAUCUUUAUGAGAAUAAGGAUAAUAAAUUCGAUCUGGCCAUUGUUGGCCAUUUGCUAACGGAAUAUCAAUUGGGUUUGGCUCAUAAACUGAAAGUUCCUGUUAUAUUGUCAGCCACAAUGCCGCCAUCUGAUAGUGUGGGCGGUAUUAUAGGAAAUCCCAAAGACAAUACAAUUACUGGCAAAGGACUUAAGGAGCGUUUCAGAACGUUGGCAUUAAGUAAUGCCUUUAGGAUUUUUAAUUGGUUUCAAGACUCAAGGAACAUAGAGCAUUACAAAAAUCUCUAUGGCAAUGAUCCAGCUAUGCCAAAAUAUGAAGAUUUGCGUAAGAAUAUUUCUCUAAUUUUCUGCAAUUCGCAUGGCUUGAGUGAGGGACCGAUUCGAGCCAAUUUACCAGGCAUAGUCGAAAUUGGUGGAAUACAAGUUAAGGACAAACCAGCAGAGUUGCCGCAAAACUUGAAAGAAUUCAUCGGAAAUGCAACACACGGAGCCAUUUUACUUAGUCUGGGCUCCAACCUGAAGGGGGACUUUAUAAAACCAAAUACCGUCAAAGAUAUGUUCAAAGUUCUAUCACAAUUGAAGGAGCGUGUGGUUUGGAAAUGGGAAAAUCUUGAGAAUACUCCCGGAAAAUCUGACAAUAUACUAUACUCGAAAUGGUUGCCACAAGACGAUGUUCUGGCCCAUCCCAAGAUAAAACUUUUCAUCACUCAUGCCGGCAAGGGAGGCAUUUCGGAGGCUCAGUAUCAUGGCAAACCGAUGUUGGCCCUUCCCGUUUUGGCUGACCAACCACAAAAUGCUAUAGCCAUGGCCAAAGCAGGAUUUGGCUUGAGUUUGCCUCUGCUCGAGCUGGAAGAGGAAAAGUUCAGAGAGAAUCUCUUGGAAGUUCUCAAUAAUCCUAAAUAUGGGCAGAGUAUUAAGCAAUUCUCUCAACUCUAUCGCGAUCGUCCUCUCACAGCACGUCAAACCGUUCUUUAUUGGGUCAACUAUGUGCUCAGACAUCGUGGAGCUGCUCAUCUUCAGAGUCCAGUGGUUCAUAUGGGAUUCCUGCAGGCUAAUAAUUUGGAUAUUUACUUUAUUUUAUUAACUCUAUUUGUAAUUUCAAUAUGGUUAUUUAAAAUUUCCAUUACUUUUAUUAUUAGAAAAGUUUUAAAAAAGAAAACGGUUUCUGAGAAAGUGAAGAACCAAUAA